AUGUCUCUCAAUGGGCUAGAUACUGCCGUCGUCGUUGAAGCCUACCAGAGUGCUCUGGCUGAUGCAGGUGGAUGGUUCCUUCUACACUACAUUGCAAGAGAUGAAGUGGCUUUACUGGAGCGAGGCACCGGCGGGGUGCCCGAGGUGCGCAACGCCAUCGACAACUACGAGGAGAUCUCGCCUCUCUAUGGCUUUCUGCAGUACCGGCGAAGGAAGGUCAUUCUUCGGUACAUGCCCGAGGGGUUGUCCCGGCUCAUUUUAGCGCGAAGCAACGUUCAGUUUUCGUCUGUCCUUGACAAGUUUACCCCGAACGACUCCGUGCUCGCCUUAACCCAAGCGUCCGACCUCAGCGAGAGCGCCCUGUCAUCCGCGUGUCUUCUCCAUACUGCGUCGGGAUCAAUAACCUCUUCGUCAAGCUCGCUGCGGAGACGUCGGCUGAUGGAAAUCACGGAAGAUGCAGAAGAGACUGGUGCAAAGGAGGAGACCAAGGAACAGCCGGAACCGCAAGCUCCCCCCAAAAGUGAAGUGAGGCAACGUUCUGGUAGCCAAAAAUCAGAGGCCACCGUCGUACCCCCAGUUACUUCUUCCUCCGAGCUCGAAUCCUCUCCCGAUAUCCGUCCACCCCAAUCGCGAGCAAGCUCUCGACCCCCGCCUUCACGAGGAACCCCCAGCGAAACGCAUUCCGAAGCUAUGUCCCCAGCCCCUGUAUCCCCAGCUUCCAGCUCGGGGCGUUCCAAAUACCGAAACAUCCUCGACGAGUUUCCCCGGCCUUCGGACGAAGUACGAGUGUCCACGCAAUCUGCACGACCUUCACUACGAGAACUAGAACGCGCCUCCACAUACUCAUCCACGCCAAAAGUAAAACUCGGCCCCCGUCCCUCCUUAGACCAGAGCGGACGGCCCCGCACUUCCGGAAGCUCCAAGAAUGCUGAGCAACGGCCCGUUGCCUCCCUCCCGUCCAAUAUGCGAUCAUCCUCGGUGCGAAAGCAAAACGCUGUGGAGCCUCCUCGCCCCCGAUCACAAGGCAGUUCCUUUGCGACCAGGCCUAACAGUCGCGCACCGCCGAUUCCCCCACUCCUUGUCCCUCCUCCGAGCAUUCCGAUCUCGAGACCCCAACUGUCCCCGGGAGCUAAAUCCCUGGGCGCAUUGUCUACCUCUUCCGGGUUGACCCCUGAAAAGGAACGACUGAUGAAGGCACUUCAACAACGGCGAAAGGCCAUGGCCAAACGAGCGGAAAAUACGAAGAAAAAUUCAAGCAUUACUGAAGCCGAUGAGCCAAAGACGCAAUCAGAGACCACACCAGACCCGGAGGAAAACAAGGAGAAUGUCAAUCUGGCAGUUGAGCCAGAGAAGCCCGAGCCCGAGCUAAAGCAAAUACCCCGCGAGGAAAAAUCGUCUGAUCUGCCUCUGCGAGUUCAUGAACCACCUACACUCGAGCUACGUCAUGAGAUUCCAACGGAGAAUGAAGAAUCUCCAAUCCUGGUUCUGAUGGAAAGUUCCGAGCCAGAGCCUGCGGCUGACAUUGUUGUGUCAGAUUCCGAAGAGAGGCAAUCCUCACAUACUUCGGGCCCCAGUGCUGAUACUACAUUCUCUAUUGACCAUGGGGAUUUUUCAGAGGCCUUAAAGUCUGAGACGCCUCAGACUGUUCCUGAAGAUGAAACACGCGCCGAGCUCGGGAACUCCGCAAUCAUCGGCCAAACCGAGACUAAGGAGGAACUAGUUUCUUCUAGCGUGGAUGUCGAAGCGCCCCUUGACCCGGUUUCCACUGAGGUUCCAGAAGUUCCAGAACAAUCUUCAGGGCCUAAAGAUUCUUCUGUUUCUUAUUACUCACCAUCACUAGAGACCCCUGUGUCUGUCACGGAACAAUUGGAGAGUCCCAGUGUGGAUCCGACCCGCGAAGAAACCCCUGAGUUUGUCGCUAUUCCCUCCACGUCGCCGAAGACUACCCCACCUAGCCUUGAGAUCGAACCCACGGUCGCACCUGUGACUGUUUCAAUUGACUUUGUGCCACCGGAUGAAUCUGCCCUCGAAGAGUCCAAGAUCCAAAAGGCAGACCCGAUUCCUUUAGACCAGCGACGAAAGAUCCACCUAGAGCCAAUUCAAGUUCCAACUCUUGAGUACUCGGAUGACGACUGCCUUCUUUCCGACGAUUCUUUCAUGGAGGAAUUGAGAUCUGCCACUGUGCAGGAGGCACGACCGGUUGCUGUCAAUUCACCCAGCGGUGGUCAACAUUGGAGAAGCCCAUCCCGCGCCGUCUCGAGCCCCUAUGGCCUUCCGUCUCCGUCCGUCUCACAGACCCUCACCGUAGGCGGCCGAUCUGCGUCGAGCUCAUACCUCGACAAUGGUCCUGCGACCCCGCUCAUGGCCAAGAAGGUCAAUGUUUCAUCAGGCAUUUCAAGCCGCAUCAAGGCCUUGGAGAAGUUCUCGAGCCGAGAGGGUACUCCAAUCCCAUCCGCCAAUGGACCUGCGCCAUCUGCCUCUUCAUCCUUUGAGAAUCUCCGCAAGCGUGCAUCAGUUUCCUACCCUGGCGAUAUUACCCUACCUGACUUCUCGCGCGCGCCGAGCGUGAACCUACACGACUCACGCCCCGCCACUAGCAUGUCGCGCCGUACCAACUCGAUCUCCGUGACCGCUCAUAUUCUGCGUGACUCAACUGACUCACCCGCCUCUUCGGGUGGAGAGCAAUUUGAGUCCGAUGUCCUCAACCUUCAACCCAGCCCACUCACUGUGGAGCAUGAGUCGACUGAGGAUUCUGCGCCUCAAAGCGUAACCCCAUCCCCACCAGCAGAAACUGUCAGCCAUGUGGAGGACCGAAGCAUGUCUAUGUCAUCUGUUGGGUCUAGCCGACAGACCUCCGUCUCUCGGCCCACAAGCCGGCUGUCGUUGUCUUCGCGCACGAAGACUGACGAGAAUCUGCAGUCGCCCUCUCCGACCGCUGAAGACAAGAGAGUAUCCCGCGCUUCGCGCUUGAUGCGCCGCAUGUCAUCGAUCACGGCUACUUCUCGUCGUAGUAUCAUUGGAGCUCUGAGCUCACCUGUGAAGGAGGAAGAUCUUGCCUCCAUUGCCGCUGGCGAGUCAGCCCUCUCCCCGUCAUCCUCGCACCAGAGCCUGUCGAAACCCAUUGAAAUUGGCGAGGUCAACGUUCAAUUCCCAGAUACCCUUCUUUGGAAACGUCGAUGCAUGCGCAUCGAUGAGAAUGGAUAUGUUGUGCUCACACCUGGCACCACCGACGCGACUGCUCGCAACAUGAUCAAGCGCUACCAUCUCACUGAGUUCCGUACACCCUGCCUUCCCGAUGAAGAUAUGCAAGAACUCCCCAACAGUAUUCUGCUGAACUUCCUGGACGGCAGCACUCUUCAGUGUGCAUGUGAAUCUCGACAGGGACAGACCUCCGCCCUGCAGUCUCUUGUUGAGGCUCACCUUGCCAACCAAUCAUAA